AUGUAUUCGGGUAUUUCCCGAAGAAUAUUACCAACGUGGGAUCAGUUCGUUACGUCGCAUUCGUCUCGUUCUGUCUUUGCCUUUUCGAACAAUCAAUGGGGAAACGUCCUAACAUCAAAACAUAUUAUACUCGCGACUCCAAUCCAAAUAUUUAAUCGUGAUAAAUCUACAAAAUCAUCGACUUCGGCUGUCGAGUUUAAGCUUACUCAUCCUCGCAAAAAAGUUCCUCAGUUACCUGUAUUCGAGCCGCUAACGCCGUCAGCCGAGGAAGCUGUUACUAAUAUUCUAUAUAACACACCUGCUCCUUUUCCAACCCCUCCGAAAAGACAUGUUCUAAAUUGUCUAGUUCAGAAUGAACCUGGUGUACUUAGUAGAGUGAGCGGGAUUCUUGCAGGAAGAGGGUUCAACAUUGAUUCAUUAGUUGUAGCUAGCACCGAGGUUUCUGACUUAAGCAGAAUGACUAUCGUGUUACGUGGUCAUGAUGUGGUCAUCGAACAAGCAAGACGACAAUUAGAAGAUUUGGUUCCCGUAUGGGCAGUGCUCGAUUAUACGCAAACAUCAAUCGUCGAACGUGAGCUAUUGUUGGCUAAAGUGUCCAUCUUGGGACCGGAGCAUUUACAUGAGCAAUUGAUUGCUAUUAAACAUAAUGAAUACGACGAUGAAUUCAUGCCAGAGGCAGACCUGGAAUCUGAGUCGCCCAAUGCCACAUCUGUACUACAAGAUGACUCUAUCGAUGAUAAAGUUUCACCACUAACACCAUCAGCGGCGUUACAGCAAAAACAUACACAUCUUCGCGCGUUAAUUGAUCUUUGCAACCUUUUUAAAGCUCGUAUAAUUGAUGUCGCAAAUGAUAACGUUGUAAUCGAGCUGACCGCUAAACCUACUAGACUUGAUGCGUUUAUAAAAUUGGUAAAACCUUUUGGUAUUUUAGAAUCUGCAAGAAGUGGUAUGAUGGCGCUUCCACGCACUCCGCUUGUGGAUAAAGAAGCUGCUGCUAUUGAGGAAGAAGAAGAUACUGGUGUGGACGCUACUAUGCUACCACCUGGUUAA